CAUCAAAGGAUUCAACAACAAAUUAAAGCCCUCAAAUUCUCAUUUGAAUUUUAAAAAACAACAACAACAAAGACAACCCUUGUGUUGUGAGGUCACAGCAGCAGAGCUUUGAUGUAAAGGGCUCAGUUCACCUUUGACAGUUGGAGAGAGACACACAAGCAAGAAGACUCUGGAUUACAGAUCAAUUCUCAGCUUCUCAUUAUUGAACUGCAAACACUGGACAUCAUGUCAUCGUGGGAAACUCCAGAAGAUCCUUCUGCUGCCUCAGUUUCACUGACAGCACCUGAUGCUCAGGCCGGCCAGACGCUGGACAGCAGCUCUUCCUCCUAUUCGGUCCUGGACUUUCUAGGGGAAGACCAAACAGAUCGUGGCUGUGAAAAUCCUGAAGGACACGAGGUCGCCCAGGACAUUGAGCAGGAGGUUACCAUGCUGAAAGUCAUCAGUGACCUGGAUGCGGAUCUCACCAACAUGGUCAAGUUCCAUGAAGAAUUCCAGCACAUGGAACAGACCUGUUUGGUGUUUGAGAGGCUGGACAUGAGUCUUUAUGACAUGCUAGAGCAGCGAGAGUGGGAGCACCAUCCUCUACAUGAGAUCCGCCCAGUUGCCAAGCAGCUCUUGGUGGCCUUGGAUGCCCUGAAGGGUCUCGGCGUCUUGCACACUGACAUAAAACCAGACAACGUUAUGUUCGUUAACAUGAAGGAUCAGCCACUCAGGGUUAAGUUAAUUGAUCUUGGCUGCGCCAUUAUGGCGUCCCAAGUCGAGCUGGGGACGGAGAUCCAGCCGUGUGGGUACAUGGCUCCAGAGAUCUCUCUGGGUCUUCCAUUCUCCGAGGCCGUCGAUGUGUGGGGGGUCGGGUGCGUACUGGCGUUCCUGUACCUGGCUCAAAACCUGUUCUCCGUUGAAUGCAAAUAUCAAAUGAUGAAGAACAUGGUGACAAUGCUGGGCCAGCCGCAGGACCACCUGCUCCGUGCUGGAAAGUACAGCGAGCAGUUCUUCAUCGAAGAGGAGGGUGAAGACAGUCCAUCAUGGAGACUGAUGACUGCAGAAGAAUACACUGCUGUUAAUAAUGUGGAAACAGAGGAAGAGGAGGGCUUCAUCGAGCUGCCGAACUCCCUCAAUGGCCUGAUUCAUAUCCAUCCAAAGUUGGCUGAGAUGGAAGACCGCAUGGCCUUUGUGUCUCUGUUGGAGGGGCUGCUGCAUCUUGACGGGGAUGAGAGGAUCUCUCCUCGUCAAGCUCUGGAGCUGCCCUUCAUUUCCAUGAGCCACCUGAGGGAGGACGUCCACAGCAGAGACUAUCUGACCACCUCCCAAGAAGCAAUGAGGGUCUGCCCCACUGAGGACAGCGUCCACUGUUCAACCUCAGACAGUGGCUACUCUGGAUCCAUGGACGAAGUCUCCUGGGAUUCUGUGGAGGCUCUAGACUUUACAAGUGCCACCAGUGAACUGUCCUGGUGUUCUGACCUGACUAUCAACUCCAGAGAUACCUCGGUCUGGUCGUCCAUCGGAGAUGAUGACACCAGGGAGGAAGUCUCCUGCCGUUCUGACAAGGCUGCAGAUGUCACCGCUGCAGCCACAGCCUCCUCGGGCGGCAAGAGAACGCUGCUGAGAAGAAUUAGAAAAUUCUUCUCAAGACUCACAAGCUGCUGCCGUCCAAAACCGGAGGACUGA